AUAGGAUAUAGGGGGCGGGGCCGGCUCGGCCUGGUGGCGGGAAGCGUGGAGCUGGGGUCCCCCGCCAUGGCCGGCAGCAGCCCGCAGCGCCAGCCCACCAUCGGCUUCCCCCGCAGGAGGAGCGCCCGCCGCCUCGCCGCCCCCACGGCUAAGAGCGACCCCGACCACGCCGGCCCCCCCCGCACCGCCCUGCGGCUCUCCCCCUGCCCCACGGCCUCGGGCCCCGCCGAGCCCGGGCGGGCGGCCUCUGCUACACCCUCAGCUCGGACCAAAGUGCUGCCCCUGAGCCCCCGCAAACGCCUGGGUGAUGACAACCUCUGCAACAUCCCCCAUGCCCAGCCCUGCUCCCCGGCCAAGCGCAGCAAGGAGAACCAGGGGCGCCGCUUGCUCUUUGGGGACCCCCUAGCCUCCCCUGAGAAGCCCAGCAGCCCAGAGCCAUCCCAACAGCGUGGGGGGCAGGAGACCCCCCAGAGCUCGGGGCUCAGCAGGCAGCCUGCCCGCACCCGGCUCUUCAGGCAGGAAGGCACUUGCUAUCAGCAGGCGAAGCGGGUGCUGCAUGCGGCUGUGCCCGACCACCUCCACGCCAGGGAGAGGGAGAUGGGCAUCAUCCAGCAGUUCCUGCGGGAGCAUGUCUGCGGGCGCCGGCCUGGCAGCCUCUACGUGUCCGGAGCCCCUGGGACGGGGAAAACGGCCUGUGUGAGCCGUGUCCUGCUUGACUCCAAGGAUGAGCUCUCCGGGAGCAAAACCAUCGUCCUGAACUGCAUGGCGCUGAGCAGCCCGCAGGGCGUCUUCCCCGCCACGGCGCAGCAGCUCGGCCUGCCCGCGGCCGCCGGCCGGGAGGGUGUGCGGAGGCUGGAGAAGCAUCUGACGGCCCGGGGGCCCAUGGUCCUGCUGGUGCUGGACGAGCUGGACCAGCUGGAGAGCAAAGGGCAGGACGUGCUCUACACCCUCUUCGAGUGGCCCCGGCUGCCCGGCUCCAGGCUCGUCCUUGUGGGGCUGGCCAAUGCGCUGGACCUCAUGGACCGCAGCCUGGCCAGGCUCGGCGCCCAGCUGGCCGGCAGCCCCCGGCUGCUGCACUUCCCGCCCUACACCAGGGAGCAGCUCAUCACCAUCCUGCAGGAGCGGCUGGGGCAGGUGGCUGGUGACCCCAUCCUGGACACUGCUGCGCUCCAGUUCUGCGCCCGCAAGGUCUCUGCGGUCUCUGGCGAUGCUCGCAAGGCCCUGGAUGUCUGCAGGCGCGCUGUGGAGGUUGUGGAGCUGGAGGUGCGAAGCCAGACCCUGCUCAAGCCACUGCCCGGCAGUGACUCCCCAGCGUCCCCCGUCCCCAAGCGCGUGGGGCUCCUGCACGUCUCCCGUGUGAUCUCGGAGGUGUUCGGGGACCGUCUGGCGGCGGGCGGCCAGGGGUCCCGGGACGCCUUCCCGCUGCAGCAGAAGGUGCUGCUCUGCUCCCUGCUGCUGCUCGCCCGGCGCCUGCGCACCCGGGAGGUGACGCUGGGGAAGCUCCACGAUGCCUACAGCCAGGUCUGCCGGCGGCAGCAUCUCCCCGCUGUCGACCAGGCUGAGUGUCAGUCCCUUGUCACCCUCCUGGAGUCCCGCGGCGUCCUUGAGCUGAAGAGGGCCAAGGAGGCUCGGCUGGCCAAGGUCUCCCUGAAGAUGGACGAGGCGGCAGCGGAGCACGCGCUGCAGGACACGGCGCUGGUGGGCAGCAUCCUGGCCCAGGGGCUGUGCUAGCCCCCGCCCCCAGCGACCCCCUCCCCGUGGUCCCUCGGUGCAGCCUGGGCGGACGCUGCCCCGGGUGGGGUUCUGGUGCAUGCGGGGUUUGGCUGGGCCGUGGUGCGAGCAGGGAAAUGGUUCCCAGAGGCCUCAGCUGUUGUUUGUAGAGUCCUGCCCUGGGGCCCUUGCUCCGGCGUGGUUUUAUUAAUAUUUUUAAUAAUAUUAAUAUUAUUAUUGUUAUUGUGUGGCUGGAGCUGGGGUGGGAGGCUGGCACCCACCCCAGCCCCUUUGCAGCAGCGACUGGACAGCGGGUGCUCCUGGCCCUACUCCCACCCUGGCACGUGUGAUCCUGGGGCCCAGUGUUGCUCCCUGCCACGAGCCAUGGAUGUGUUUGCUCCUGGCUCGUUCGGAGCCUUCCGGGGCCCCCCAAAGGUCCUGGCUGCAGGAAGGAGGGUAGGAGGGUCCCAGGGCGAGCCCCACUCUGGGUUCUGGUGCUGGCAGCGGCAGCGGGGGUGCAUGGUGCGCUCAGCUCCCGGCUGGAGGGUGGGGGGACAGUGGGGGCCCCCCUCUAUCUCCUGGAAUUAAUAAAGUCGUUCUCGUUCA